CUCUCUAAAGAAACGCCCAGUGAGGGCCUUCCCGGGGGCUGACUUGCAAACAGAGCAAAAGUGACUGAUUUGAGCUUCUUGUUGCCUUCAGGAGGGUACAAGUUAAAAGGCUUAGAUGGCACAGAAAUAUGAUUGAUCGAUCAAAUCAUAGAUCCCUGUUCUGCCCAUGUUCCAAGCAUUGGUUUUGUACCAUGACUUAGGGUAGAAUACAGCCCUAAAAUACAUAUAAGGAAACAUGCAACAUUUUCAUUAGCUUGUGAAACUCACCAGUGCAAGGCAUUAAGUCACAGCAAAAUUAAACAUAAAGGAGCAGACGCUUAUGAAUAAACGUGGCACCAGCCAGCUAAUCUAACAGUCACAAGGGCUCUUGCUUCAGGGCCUAAGCAGAGGGGUAGCUGAGCUCAGAAAGCUCAGUAUACAAUGCAAUGCAACCUUAAUUUGUAUAUUUUGAAUAGCGUCUUUCGUACAAGACAGCCCCCCACAGUGCUUGGCAGAGUUUAAUGCAGGCCGGUGCAUUGUAUCAGGGACAGAGAGCCUUGGUGCAAAAUCUUGGCCUAGGGAAUACAUUAAGUGGCUCAAUCAUAAAGCCAGCAACGGAGGGCAGAAUUAAGAGGCAUGAGCAAGUAGCAAAGAGAUUUCAGAUGGCGAGUUGCUGCAGGAGACGGCACCAGAUGGCAGGAGCUACGGAGAAGAAGGCUCUCGCACCAGCAAUGGCGAAGCGUGUGAGGGGUUGGAGAGAAGCUAAUCCAAGAAUAGUGGGGAGAACGGGGAGGAGAGCACAGAGGGCCAGGAUGUGGUCACUUGGAACAGCUCUAUAGUGUUAGAGACAUGGAGAGCUGGUCCUGAAAUGAAUGGGAGAUGUUUGCAGUGAAGUUGGGGUGAUGUGGUGGCAUGAUACAGUUCCUAUGACCAUAAAGCGGAAGAGAAACCCCCUUUUUCCAGCUGCAUUCUCUCUGGUUUUGUGCAUAUUUUCCAAAAGGGAGCAAAGCUGGGCCCCAGGGUAACCGUUUGCAAAAAGCCAUCACACGAACCUCAGAACUGCACCUGGGAUCAGUUCUUCCCAGGGACGGGGCAAUUGGCACACUGGGGGUAACGUGUGAGUAGCAGCCAGGGUCUGCCCUGAUGUGUGAGCCCUGCUGGGCUUCUGCUUCUUUUCCAGGUGAGAAGAUGUUCCCAAUUAUGCAUUCGGACCACACCCGAGAGAGAAAAAGGCAGGCGAUGGCCAUCGUGAGGGAGAUGAUGGGAGACGUCCCCCAGCUGGACCUGGGGAAGAAGGUCAGCACCCCCCAGGAUCUGAUGAUGGAAGAGCUGUCUCUGCAGACCAACAGGGGCUCCCAGCUGUUCCAACAGAGGCAGAAGCGGGUGCAGAAGUUCAUCUUGGAGCAUCCUACUGGCUACAGAGCCAGCUCAAGCAGGAUGGCAGCAGGCGGCUCGCACGGCGCGGCUGAGGGGGACCUGGCGGGAAGACCGGACGCGUGGCUGUCUGCCCAGGGCCAGGAGAACUAUCACACUGAGCUUCACGUGGCAGCAGCAGGCCAGGGGACCCCUCCCAAAGUGCCCAAGAAGACAAACAAAGUCCUACAAAUGAGUAAAGCCCUCAAUCCCGAGUCUCUGGCCCCAGGCUACUCUGGACCGCUGAAGGAAGUCCCACCAGAGAAGUUCAACUUCACUGCCAUCCCCAAGGGCUACUGUUCCCCAUGGCAGGAAUUCCUCUUCAGUGAGGACUACCGGAUGGAGAGCAAGAGCCAGCUGCCUGAAUUGCCCAGGAAACCCAGCCACUUCGAGUUGAGGAGCUUCAACAGGACUCCGACCCCGUUUGGUGGAGUGCUGCUCAAUGACAUGUUCACUGUGCCUGGGUUGGAGAUGGAGGCUCAGACAGACACCCCGAACAGCAUGGAGCUCGUCUGGAAUAGACCCAGCUUUAACAGAGCACCCCAGGGCUGGGUACGGAUUUUACCAGAGACAGAAGAGCUGUAAUGUAAUCUUACUCCCCUCUCCUACCCCACAGAUGCUUUAUCUGCUAGACUCAAACAUGCUUUGUUUUAAAUCGCUGGUAGAGGUACUCCUCAGCACAGCAGAAAAGGGGAGUAGAUAUUCUUACCCGUGCACCCUGUGACGGCUCAGUGGCACAGUAGGUCAUCCACUUCCACACACAGCCCCCAGCAAGCUCACCUCUAGAGCCAUUCCUGGGCUACCCCGUUACAAGGUUUUCCUAGGUGUCCGUUAUUGACCAGCCAAGUUCUCAUUGAUAAAACAAGGGGAUUCCAGUAAACUUCCACAUCCAUCAUUAUACUACGGAACAAUCCGAUUGGAGCAGACACAUUGUCCUCGCUCCAGUGUUGUGGCAAAUGGCAGAAGAGCCAGUUGUCAUCACAUCAAGUCGCCUUGCAAUUGUUCUGCUGGAACAUUUGACACCAGCAUUGACAGGUGGUGGCUGCUCAGAGAAAUCCCAGCUUAAGGGCAGUGCUGUAAAAAUGUAAUUUUGGUUGAGAUGGCGGGGGGAGGAGGGGGAUAAGGCAGCGUGGUAAUUGGGGAAUGUGGGUGAAAUAAGUUACUAAUGGCUUUCUGACACAUAAGGAGAUAGCAUGUUAAAGGAAAUUACAUCUAACUCCACUAAGAAACCAAACACAGGGCUGGGUGUGCGGGGCUGGCUGUCAGGCAGAAACACGUACUGCAUAUGAGGGAAGGGAGUGCUUGAGAUCACCAAUACCCGAACUAGGAGAAUCAGGAACCUAUGCCAUUUUCCCUGCUAGCUUCUGAUUGGUGUGUUACACUUCCUUUCCUACCUCUAACAACUUGCUGUAUGAGGUUACACACCACGGUUUUAAUAUUUACACCACUUGAUUACAAUUAUCUAUGGAGGGCCUGAUGCUGCUCAGAUUUUCUUUUUUACUUCAAUAAUAGUCAGGAUCAGAUCCUGCCAAUUUAAGAUGCAGUACACAAUUGGUGCAGCCCCAAAAAACAACGAUUCUGUAUUUAAGUACUUGCCAAUCUGAUCACACAAAUCAAUGCUUGAUAAAAACAUUAAUGUGGUACCACUAGGGAAGAGAGGACAUCCUACAUAACAAACACCUCUAUGGCAAGCAAGACCUUCAUGCAACACAUGCAGAAAGUGGUCAACAAUGGUGUUUUGACCACAGCCUUUUGAAUGCACACAAGCACAGUAUAUAGAACAGAGCUAUCCAUCAAAGGAAGAAUGCUACCCAAAAAAAAGGGCAGAGCAGAACCCAUGUAUGUUCCGAACACUCCCACUCGCCCUGGCUAAUAGAAAAGCUCCAGCUCAACUAUGCACUUUCUACAUUUGUUUAGUUGUUUUUGUCAAAUUCUGACGAUAAUCUUACUGUAACCUUGCAAAACUGGUCUUGUUUUCUUUUUUAAUGGGUGAGUAAUAUAUAUAUUUUUGCAUCAUUGUGGUUAGGCUAGGCAAGUAAUUUUGUAUCCAGGCUGGUAAAAGUGCAAUUUUAAAAGGCUGCCUUAUUUGUAAAUAACGUAACAUACAACCACUGUGUUUCUAAUGCCAACGAGACCAUCCAAAGGAAAAGCAUGCAUCUCAGUUAAUUACAACCUGGGGCACUCACCACUGCAAUGCAACACUCACGUGGGGAACAUUCAUUCCUCUGCCCGCCCCCAGAAGCACACCUGGCCAAACUGAACAAGUAAAAAAGCCAGUUUAAGAGUUUAAAGGUUUAUGCCUAUGAAGUACUGUCCAGCUCUGAGCCCAUCUCCCUCCCCUUUGCCUGUGAGCUGGAGGCCAUGUUUACAUUCAGAAAUCUGGUGGCAGAAAAUAAAUCAGCUAUAUUUGAAAA